AUGCGCGGUGCCAACCCUGCCACACACAACAUGGCCGCGGCCGCUGUGUGGCUAUUAGCAGUGACGUACUGAGCUCUGCGACAGAUACAUGACAGGCAAUGGAAGCCGCGGUCCUCCGCGUGAAGCGGAAGAGGGGUGCGGACCCUGUGGAGGCGCUGAUCAUCAGCUGCAAGAGGCCGCGGGCCGAGGACACCCCCGAGUCCGGCGCCGUCACCACACAGGUGUUCAAGCUAGCGGCCACCGUCACCUCACAGAAUGAACCAGUCCAGAAGUACGUUCAGGAAGCUUUAUCUCGGGACCGUGCCAACCAGGUGCAUCGCCCGCCCAUUGGGAACUUACAGCAAAUCCAGAAAGAUUUAAGGACCUGCAGAAAUGCUGAACGCCAAGAGAGUCGCUACCGUUUAGUCUCAAGCCUUCGGCCAAAAUGUGAGGAGGGGGAGGACAGUAAGCCUGAUAAUAGCCAGCCUGCCAGCCCUGUGGAAAUACAGCAGCAUGUGCCAGAAAAAGCGGAAGCCUCCUCCAGCAGUGCAGCCAUCCCCAAAGGUGGGAAGGAUGAGACAUUCCAAGUCUUCGAUAUAGUGCAGGAGGAAACCGAGAAGGAAACUCUAGACCAACAGGCCUCCGACCCAGAAACCAUCAUGUGUAAUUCUGUGCAGAUGAUUCGGGAACGACUGACUGUAUCUGGGGAAGGGCAAGGCUCAGAGCACAGAGAGAACCCUGAGGAGUUUGUAUACGACAUUUAUUAUGCAGAAUCAUCUCCACAUAAAUGGAUCCAGGACAUUCUCUCUGUUCAGCCAUAUCACUAUGAGCAGGAGCUGAUGAAUGAUGACGUUGAGCCAGAUGAAGUGUAUGAAGAUGAGGAUGAUGAAAAUGAAGAAGGCAACUGGAGGAAUGACUACCCUGAUGAAGAGGAUGAUGAGGAGAACAGUGAUCGAGAGGAGAGAUAUAUGGGUUAUUAUGAAGAAGGUGAUGAGUGUGGCAGGGGACAUGCUUGGGAUGUUUACCAUCAGGAAAGAAUGAAAGAAUAUGAUGAAGAUUCUGACUAACUUGUAAAUGUCAUACAUUGGAGGGCAUCUUUCUGUAAGAAGACCAGUGCUCUGUUUUAAGGGCAAGGUUACCAGAUUUAAUAUAUAAAAAAUAAAUUUGUAAGAAAAUCA